GGCGGGGCGGAAGGUCGUGGCCAGCAGGGUGUGCAGGUAGCCUCGCACCUCAGGAUCCGGCCACUGUGGGCUUCUGGGUUGCAGGGCCUUACGGAGAAAGGGUGUGUCACGUGCAGGGCCAAUCUUAAGUGCGAGGCGUUGUGCCUUGCAGGGUCUCGGUGAGUGCCAAGGCCACACCCCAGGGGGUCCUUUGUAUUUUACGGCGGAACCACGCCCCUUUCUUCCACCGACAACUCACUGGACAGCCCACUCGGCGUAUUCCCUCUGGGAAAGCAGCUUUUUCCUCAUUUCCAGAUCCAGAAGGAGUUUUUGCAGAACAGGUGUCAGGUGUGAAGUUUCUGGGUUGGAGAUAGCAAGCUGGAGUGAGUGGAAGCUGGGACAAAGAUAUUUGCCUGAGGGUAUCUGGGAGCCUGAACAGCUGCGAGACACAGUGUUCAUCCUGGUGCCCAUGCCCCAAAGCUUUCAUUUAUCUUGGCACCACAGGCACCUCAUGCUGGUUUGAAUCUUCUGUUACUCUAUUUUUCUGCUAAGAAUCUUGUCUGUAGGACUUUCUGUAGUAGCUCUGCCCCGGGUAUAACUUUGGGUAAUACCUCUCUGAGCUUCAGUUACUGAGGACAGAAAGGAACAAGAUGAUUGAUUACCAGAUUCCCUGCCAGUGACAAGAUUCUGUGAAUCUGAAUGUGUUGACUCAGGAUAUAAUAGAAGGUGACUUGUUUCAGAGCUUUUGAAUUGGAUUGAAUUCAUUUCAGUGUAUGCCAUGUCUCACUGCUGACUUACCCAAAAGUCUUUUCACAUGAAUUGUGAAGGUUGAUUUCCCCAUCCUGUACCAUCUUGUAUUUGUAGCACUUUUUUUUUUAAACCUCAGUACAGUGUAGGUAGCAGUUUGUAUUCAUCCCUGUAACAUUCAUCUAUAAGCUAUAACCCAUUUUUUUCAGUUUGUCAAGAUAUUGUUUUGGAUGUUGAAUCUACCACUUCACAUGCAUUGACUACUGUUUGAAACUUCGUGUCUUCUUUGAAUCCGAUGAGAAGGUCUUCAGUGUCCUCUCCUAAGACAUUCCUAAAAGUACUGAUCCAUAAGGAAACACACAUCCCAUCACCACAGAUCUGCCUCUAAACUACCAUUUUCCCCAGUAAUCAGCAUUGGAGGGUUUAAUUGAUUGUGUGUAAAUUCUCCCUGCCAUCUGGGGAGGCACACGGUCCAAGGUCCUUUUACUUUCCGAGGAUGGGCAGAUCCUGGCAGAAGCAGAUGGACUGAGCACAAACCACUGGCUGAUCGGGACAGAAAAAUGUGUGGAGAGGAUCAACGAGAUGGUGAACAGGGCCAAACAGAAAGCAGGGGUGGAUCCUCUGGUACCUCUGCGAAGCUUGGGCCUAUCCUUGAGUGGUGGGGAGCAGGAGGAUGCACUGAGGAUGCUGACGGAGGAGCUGAGGGACCGAUUUCCCUACCUGAGUGAAAACUACUUUAUCACCACGGAUGCUGCAGGCUCCAUCGCUACAGCUACACCAGAUGGUGGGAUCGUGCUCAUCUCUGGAACUGGCUCUAACUGCAGGCUCAUCAACCCUGAUGGCUCCGAGAGUGGCUGCGGCGGCUGGGGCCACAUGAUAGGAGACGAGGGCUCAGCCUACUGGAUUGCACACCAAGCAGUGAAAAUAGUGUUUGACUCCAUCGACAACCUAGAGGCGGCUCCUCAUGAUAUUGGUUAUGUCAAGCAGGCCAUGUUCAACUAUUUCCAGGUGCCAGAUCGGCUAGGAAUCCUCACCCACCUGUACAGGGAGUUUGACAAAAGCAGGUUUGCUGGGUUUUGCCGGAAAAUUGCCGAAGGUGCCGAGCAGGGAGACCCCCUUUCCCGCUACAUCUUCAGGAAGGCUGGGGAAAUGCUGGGCAGACACAUCGUAGCAGUGCUGCCCGAGAUUGACCCGGUCUUGUUCCAAGGGAAGAUUGGCCUCCCCAUCCUGUGUGUGGGCUCUGUGUGGAAGAGCUGGGAGUUACUGAAGGAAGGUUUCCUUUUGGCGCUGACCCAGGGUAGAGAGAUCCAGGCUCAGAACUCCUUCUCCAGCUUCACCCUGAUGAAGCUGAGGCACUCCUCCGCCCUGGGUGGGGCCAGCCUAGGGGCCAGGCACAUUGGGCACCUCCUCCCCAUGGACUACAACGUCAAUGCCAUUGCCUUCUACUCCUACACCUUCUCCUAGGGGACUGGUCCUAGAUCCUCCCAUUCUAAGCCUAGUGGACAUUGGGUGCUAGAAAGGAGGUCUUUUCUUUUUUAAAAACACAUAUAGAAGAAAAUAAAUGCACUCUGCCCAUUCCCCAAUUGGA